UAAAAACACGAUUAUAAAAGAACAUUUAGAGACUGUUGAUAAGAGAGAUUCAUUAUUACAGGAAACUAAUGAAAGAUUAGAAAGUGUUAAUAAACAGCUUAAAGAUAAAGACUCACAACUGGAGAAUCAGAUCAAACUGCUGAGAGAGAAAGAGACUCUACUGGAGAUCACAGUGAAAGAGGAGGAAAGCAGUAAAAAGCAGCUGGAGACUCUGAGAAAGGAGCUGCAGGACAAGAGCAGCAAACUACAGGAGAUGAUGAUCCUACUGGAACAACAGAAAACUGAACUCACCCGUCAGCAGAAAGAGUUAGAAGAGAAAGAACAACAACUUAAACACACAGCCCAACAGAAUUCAGACCUACAGACUGAAACUGAAACACUGACAACUCUCAUUUCAUCACAGACGACUGAUUUAACUGAAAAGACCAAACAGCUCAAAGAAACAAAACACAUUCUAUCUGAGAGAGACAGACAGCUAAUGGAGAGAGAAAAACAAGUGGAGGAGAAAGACAGACUUCUGACAGAAAAUACAACAACACUUCAGAUGAAGGAGAAGAUUUUAGAAGAGAAAGACAAACUUCUCACAGAGACACAAGAUGAACUGAGACAAACAACAAAGACAUUAGAGAAUCAUAGAAUACAAAUGGAAGAAAUGGAGAAAAGACUUGUGGAGAAAGAUGAAGAAUUAAAAGAGACAAAACAAGAACUGAAAGAUAAAAACACGAUUAUUAAAGAACAUUUAGAGACUGUUGAUAAGAGAGAUUCAUUAUUAAAGGAAACUAACGAAAGAUUAGAAAGUGUUAAUAAACAGCUUAAAGAUAAAGACUCACAACUGGAGAAUCAGAUCAAACUGCUGAGAGAGAAAGAGACUCUACUGGAGAUCACAGUGAAACAGCUUGAAGAGAAGGAGAGACUUCUAAGUGAGAGAAACACACAGCUAAUGGAAAGAGACAAGCAGGUUGCGGAGAAAGACAGACUUCUAGAGGAGAGAAACAAGCAGCUGCAGGAGAGAACAGAUCCAGACUCAGCAGCUCCAGCCAGGAGGAGAAACAGCAAAGAGAUUGAUCCUCCAAACAUGAGUGGAGAAUCCUCUAGUUCAGCCUCUCCAGAGUCAGUUCCUGUAGCAGAGCUCAGGCUGGUGCUGCUGGGGAGGACUGGAUGUGGGAAGAGAGCAGCAGGAAACACCAUCCUGGGCAGAGAGGAGAGGAGCCAGGCUGGAGCGUCUACAGUGAGGCAGCAGAGUGAGAGCAGACAGGGGGAGGUGGCUGGGAGGCAGGUGACUGUGGUGGACACUCCUGACUGGUUCUGUCCUGGACUCUCUCUGGAGGAGCUGAGACAGGACGUGGGACUCUGUGUCCGUCUGUCUUCCCCAGGACCCCACGCCUUCCUCCUAGUCAUACCAGUGAAGCAGUCUACAGGAGAGGAGAGAGGCAUGCUGGAGAAAAUGGAGGAGAUCUUUGGAGAGAGAUGUUGGAGGAACACCAUGAUCCUUUUCACUGUUACUGAUGAAGUCCAAGAGAAGAACAUUGAAGAGUUUAUCCAGUUAGGAAACCAGGAGGUCCAGAGACUUGUAGAGAAAUGUGGGAACAGGUUUCACUGUCUCAGCAUUAAGGAGAGUGGAGAUGGUUCUCAAACCUCAGAGCUGCUGGAGAAGAUAGAGAAGAUGGUGGAAGGAAACAGAGAGAAAUUCUACAGCAGUGAGAUCUACCUGGAGACACAAUCUCAGAUCAGAGCUAUGGAGACAAAGAUCAUGAAAGAAAAAGAAGAAAGGAGGGUGAUGGAAGAGAGAGAAAUUAAGGUAAAACUAGAAGAGGAGGUGCAGAAAUCUCUGAGAAAGAUAGAGGGAGCAGUACAAGAACACGAAGGAGAGAUAAAACAACUGAAUGACCGAACAACUGAGCUAGAGAGAAGGAUGAAAGAAGAGAGGGAUGAAGAGAAAAAGAGAGAACUGGAACGAGAACUGGAAAAAGAGUUAAAGCAAAGAACAGAAGUGGAGGAGAAGGUGAAGAGACUAAAAGAAGAGAGGAGAGAGAUGGAGGAGAGACACAGACAGGAGAUGGAGGAGAUCAGGGAGACGUAUGGAGGAGAAGCCAGAAUGGAGGCAGAGAGGAACCUCAUGAAGAUCAUCCUGCCUGAACUCCAGAGGAACAUUUUGGUCUCCAAGUCAAAGAUGCAGGACGAGUUCAGCAGACAGAUGGAGGAGAAGGACAGAGAGCUGGAGACACUGAAACAGAGACUUUUAGAACUCAGUGAAACUCAUUCGCUCAGAAAGGAGGUUUAUGAGACGGCUGUGAUGAGAAUUGCAGAAACUGAGAAAAGAGGAACAACAUCAGGAAGAGAACCUCAAGAAGAAGAAGAGUCUGGAGGAGUGCUGAAGUGGCUCUUCCGAAAAAAGGACCAGAGUGAGAAAUCAGGUGGAGGAGUGAUGGAUGUUUGAUUUCUGUCAGUAUUAACUUUGAUUCUUAAUGCAGAAAUGAAAACGUACCACUGAUAGAUGUGAUAUUACCCAGAAUGAAUCAGUCCUGAAGCACUGAAUCAGAAAUGAUAUCAUUAUGUAAGAGAAUGACUCUUAUUUAUUUACAUUCUAAGCUGACAUUAAUACUGUAAUUCUGUUAUGUGGACAAGAACAUUACCAUAGAAUUUUAGGCCGAAGACUUCUGAUACAUACAUGCCAAUGCCUGUCGCUCUCCCACUGACUGUUUGUAAAAUUCUGACAAGCACCACCUCCCUCAGUUACUGCUGCUAUUUCUGUCACACUUUCCGCUCAGGAGACCAGGUAGUGUCCACAACCUGUGUACUAAAAGACUAAAGUCAAGCAGUCAUGGCGUUCUGUCUCAAUGUAAGACAGUGGUUCCCCACUCUGGUCACUGGGUACCCCUGUUUUCCACAAGUUGUGGGUUUCCCCUUCUCUUUCAUGACCACUUCAACUCAUUAAGGGUGUGUUAAUUAGUUGAUUAGCAGGGCUGGAAAUAUAAUUGUAGUUCUUUACUGUAUUUCAGUGUUAUUUUGAAAGAAUGAGUUACUCUUUUUCACUUACAUUUCCAGAAGAGACAUAUUUUUAUUUUAAUAAUUUAAAAAUUACUUGCAUUU